CUGAUUCGGGGAACUGGUAAGUGUAGUUUCAGGAUGGCAGAUGGAGGCAACGAUGAUGAUGUCAUUCACCUGGCAAGUUUCAACAUUCACCGUAGUCAAGGCUCCCGUGCUGGUCAGAGGGAGUUAAUCACCAUUUCAGAUGAUUCAGAUGAAGAGCCGGUGACUUUGGUGCCUGGAAGCCCCGUCUUAGUCCCAGAUGAUGCAGAUGAUGACGACGUCAGCAUCUUGGAGCUGCCAACUCCUUCACGCAGGCCUUUGAUUCGCCAAGCAGCCAUAUGGAGCGGCGCCUCACACAGUCCAGUUCAAGUUAUUGGUCAAAGUAGCAAAACCUGCGCUGCUUCCACAGGGACCCCUGACUCGGCUCCUGUUACCUCCAGGGACGCCAAGACCAACCAAACAGCCAUAGUGGCGAAAGCCACAGCGCCGUCGGGCUCCUCUGGACACAUACCGCCACAACCCGGUCCAUCGUCACACACGCAUUCACAGCCAAAGCAUUACCCGCACACGCAGCAUCAAGACGGUACGCCAACACUUCCACACCUGGAGCUCCGAGGAGCUCCUUCCACGCACACCCCAUCUACCUCCACAAACGCGAAGGCUACGCCCUCCUCAUCCAGAACACCCGUACUCCAAGCCCAGCCGAGCACAUCUGGACUGUCAAAGCCACAAGCCAUGAGCUCCUCGGCACACACACCCGCGGCGAGCUCCUCUGCCAGCACGCCACUGUAUAACUGCGCCGCUGCAGCAACUGCGUCCUGUUCCUCCGUCAGCACGCAGGAAAAGGCCAGUACAAGUCGACCCCCGCCGGACAGCACUCAGGCCAGCACUUCGUCCGCACGCGCUCAGUCUCUAACGUGGAGGCAGACUCCGGCCGGGGCGCCCGCGCAGCCUCAUGUCAUCCAGGUGCAGGCGGUCAACCUGCUGGUGCUCCCCCAGCAGCCGAGCAUCCAGGCCUCGGCUCUGGUCACCCAGGACCAGCUGCAGCGGCGGCCCCAGAACCCGCCGCCGCCCGCCUCUCGCGGCCAAACGCACGGCAACCUCAUUCAGAUUGAGCCACGCCCCCUGGCCCAGGCCCCCGCUGUCCAGCCCGCUGUCCAGCCCACUCAAACGUCUCAGGUUAUCUCGGUGGUCCCCCCUGCGGUUCUAAUAGCGGCGGCCCCAGAGAGACUCGGCCCUCCAGAGGCGGGCCACCGGAUAGUUUUGGGGAGGCAGGCGCCUGAGGAGGGGGUCCCCGGUACCUCUGGUGUGGCCCCCCCGCCCCGCGGCCUCACCGUCAGGGUGCAUAGGGUCAUCUCCAACCCCCCAGCUCCUCCUGCCCCCACUGCGUUGGUGCCCCACAACAGAGGAGAGGCCGGUCUGACUCUGGCCCCAAACCCCGAGCAGGACAAUCAGGCCCCUGUUCUGGUGGCCGUCCCUCCUGCCGCCGAGGAAAUUCCCAGAAUAGAGGACGCAAGACCUGGACCCUCUGCACCACAACAGAGACCGGAGCAGCAGCCCCAUGUUCGAGCCCUCAUUACUGGUGUCCUGGAUCUAUUCCCAGACGUCCAAGAAACCUACGUAGCAGAUCUGAUCCUGCAGAAUAAUGUGAAAGACUUGAAUGUUAUCUGUAACCUCCUUUUGGAGAAUCUCGAGUACCCGAGGAGGGAGACGGCAGCAGCCGUGGCAGCUCCCACCAGCAUCCUGCUGGAGUCUGGAGACACCAAGGCAGAGGUGACCGAGGACUUGUUUGACUAUUCCAAGCUGAGCUCCGUGGGACCUGACGUCAUGAUGCAGGCUGCUGACCUGCUCAUGGCCGAUUUCCGGAUGCUGAGCUGCCAGGACAUCAAAUGGGCCCUCAACGCCCUGAAGGGACACUAUGCAAUCACACGCAAGGCCUUAUGCGAAGCCCUGAAGAAGUGGCAAGAAUCAGGCGAUCCAUCGGGAAAGAGACGGCGGAGCAGGACAUCCACGGAGCGCUGCUUUGUUGAUUUUCAUUUUGAGCACGGUUCGGUGAAGUUGGACAGAAGGAUGUAUUUCUUGGAGAAUGACCGGCGUUACUGCAGGACCUACACCAGUCUGGAGGCCUCUGUGCAGAAGGAGCUGUCCUUUUAUCAGCAGAAGGCCAAGGAAUGGGCAGAGCAUGAAGACUUCCUGCUCGCUCUGCAGGUGAAUGAGGAUGAAUAUAAGAAGGACGGUCAGCUGAUUGAGUGCGGCUGUUGCUUCGGGGAGUUCGCGUUUGAGAAGAUGACCCAGUGUUCGGACGGUCACCUGUUCUGCAAAGAGUGCCUGGUCAAGUACGCUCAGGAGGCGGUGUUUGGCUCCGGGAAGUCGGAGCUGAGCUGCAUGGAGGGGGGCUGCCCGUGUUCGUACCCCAUGUGUGAGCUUGAGAAGGUCCUACCGGAGAACAUCCUGUGUAAAUACAACGAGAGGCAGGCGGAGGAGGCGGUGGCUGCCACCUGUGCUGACGAGCUAGUGAGGUGUCCGUUUUGCAACUUUCCCGCCCUGCUGGACAAGGACAUGUCUCUGUUCAGCUGUCCCAACCCGCGCUGCCGUAAGGUCAGUUCUGCCCCGCCGCCGUUGUCCUCCUCCUUCUGCCGACCGGACCGUGUAAAGGAAAAUGUUCCCAGCUGGUGA